AUGCCGCUUCCCGCUGGUGUCUAUCGUGCCGACCACGUCGGCAGUUUCUUGCGCCCGAAGCCGAUCCUGGCUGCCCGGGAGACCCUGGAGACGGCCAACCCAAUCUCCAAAGCUGACCUGCGCAAGCUGGAGGAUGAGCACAUUGCUGAGGUCGUGAAGAAGCAGGUCGCUGCUGGCCUUCAUUCCGUCACCGACGGCGAGUUCCGUCGUCGGUGGUUCCACAUUGACUUCCUCCAGCAUCUGGCGGGCGUUGAGCACCGGGGCAGCGUGCAGUCGACGAAUGUGACGACCCACGGAGUUACUCCGCCGAAGCUGGUCAUCACGGGCAAGGUCGGCCACCCGGCCCCAAUCCAGGUCGACGACUACAAAUUCGUCGAAUCUGUCCGCCAGCAGCUCCCGGCCGAUGUAGCCGCCAAGAUCACGACCAAGGUAUGCAUCCCGUCUCCGACGAUGGUGCACUUCCGCGGCGGACGGGAGGCCAUCUCCACCGAGGCAUACCCCACGCUGGACUCCUUCUUCGACGACCUCGUGGCUGCCUACCAGGCCGAGCUGGACGACCUGUAUGCCGCCGGCUGCAGGUUCGUGCAGUUUGACGACACCAAUCUGGCCUACCUCUGCGAUGAGGGCAUGCGGGCGGAGGCCGCCAAGCGUCACGGCGAAGACCCCCAGAAACUCACCAAACAAUACGCCGCGCUGAUCAACAGGGCCAUCAGCAAGCGGCCGAAGGACCUCGUCAUCGGCAUCCACCUGUGCCGUGGCAACUUCCGGUCUCAGUGGUUUGCCCAGGGCGGCUACGAGCCUGUCGCCGAGACGCUCUUCCGUGAGCUCGAUGUUGAUGUUUAUUUCCUCGAGUACGACGAUGCCCGGUCUGGCGGGUUCGAGCCGCUGCGCUUCCUGCCGGAGAACAAGAUUGUGGUGCUCGGCGUAAUGAGUAGCAAGAAGGCUGAGCUUGAUAAUAAGGAAGAGAUCAUCAAGCGGCUGAAAGAAGCCGCUUCGUUCUGCCCUCGCGGGCUUGAUCAGCUCUGCCUGUCUCAUCAGUGUGGCUUCAGCUCGACUAUGGAGGGUAAUGACCUUACUGAGGAGCAGCAAUGGGCGAAAAUUAGAUUGGAGGUUGAAAUCGCCAAGGAGGUUUGGGGAGAGGAUUUGACGGUUUGA